AUGACUUUUGUACAUGUGGGAACUGAGCAUGGAUUCUCCUUCUCCUUUGCAGGUGCUGAAAGCAUUGUGGCAAUUAUGAUUGGCAACCUGAAAGGCAUGGAGAUCUUGCACCGGAUUGAGAGUGGCAUGAAAGUGACCAUGGUUAUCGAAGUGGGGAAAAAGCAUGGCCCUUCCAUGAAUCAGUACUCCAUCUUCUUCAUCUCGGUGUCCUUUUUCAUUGUCACAGCAGCAACCAUGGGCUACUUCAUUUUUUAUUCUGCUCGGAGACUCAGGAUUGCAAGGGCCCAGUCCAAGAAUCAGAGACAACUGAAGGCCAAGGCUAAGAAGGCCAUUGAACAGUUACAGCUGCGCACCCUGAAGCAAGGGGACAAGGAAACUGGUCCUGAUGGAGAUACCUGUGUUGUGUGCAUUGAGCUGUACAAGCCCAACGAAGUAGUGCGUAUUCUGACCUGCAACCACCUCUUCCACAAGAGCUGUAUUGACCCCUGGCUUCUGGAACACAGGACGUGCCCCAUGUGCAAAUGUGACAUACUCAAGGUUUUGGGUGUUGAGGUGGAUGUAGAAGAAGUGGCUGAGUCUGUGCAAGCCACAGUAUCCAGUAGGACAUCAAAUAUCUCUGUAGUUAACGAAGAGGAUAAUCGCAGUGAAACAGCAUCAUCUGGAUAUGCUUCUGUACAAGGAGCAGAUGAAUCUGUUGUGGAGGAACAAGCCCCAUCAGAAAAUGACAACAUGCAUCUUGUAAACAACGAAUCCCAGCCCUCUGCUGUGAAUGUCCUUCCACAUGUUGACAACCCCAGUUUUGAGGCAGAUGAAACACAAGCCCAUGAAGUCAGGUCCUAA